AUGAGACAUUCUUUCAUACCCGCUCUCUCGUCUCUGGCAGGGUCAGCCAUCGCUCUUCCUGCGCCCCAGGCAUUUGCGCUCCAUGGACCUGUUGAUCCAUCCCAAGUGGUCAGCGACCAAGUGUUGCCCACUGGGUCAUCAGGCUCGCUGCACGGUUCAGAGGCAUUGAUUGGCUUCGCAUCAUCGAAUCCGAUCUCCACUGAGUCAACCGUCAUCCCAACUGAUGAGUUUGAACUGGGACCCGGGCAGUCAGAAGAUGCUGAUCUUGGCCUCUACAUUGAUCUCACAAACGUGAAGAACCCUCAGCCCAUUCGAGGUGGCACAACAGGACCUACUGACCCUGGGCCGAGAACUGAUGCAUAUGACGCACUUAACAGCGAUCUUUUUGCUCCGCCUACAACUGAUUCAGGCGAUGUGAAGAACGCAAAGUGGCCGUUCGGGCUCUCACACAAUCGCCAUGGGCUGGCAGGCGCAGGUUGGGCGCGCUCGCAGAACUCUGAUCAGCUGCCCAUUGCAACUGCGAUGGCCGGUGUCAACAUGCGACUUAGCCCUAACGCUUACCGUGAGCUUCACUGGCACAAGCAAGGAGAAUGGGCUUUGAUGCUCAAUGGGUCAGUUCGUAUCCAGUCGAUGAACGAGGCUGGUCAGACCUUCAUCGACGACGUGACAGCAGGAGAUGUCUGGUUCUUCCCACCAGGAAUCCCUCACUCAAUCCAAGCCUUUGAUACAGGGUGUGAGUUUCUGCUUGUCUUCGAUGAUGGCGCCUUCAGCGAGGACAAUACCUUCCUCCUCUCCGAGCUCAUGGAGCGCAACCCUAAGGAAGUUGUAGCCAAGAACUUCCGCACCUCAACCAAGACUUUCGACAGCCUGCCUGAUGGCCAGCUCUGGAUUUUCCCAGGUACUCCGGCGCCAGCCAAUAUUAGCGAGCAGAACGUCACAGGGCCUGCCGGUAUAAUCCCAAAACAGACACAGUACUCGUACCACUUCUCGCAGCAGGAACCUCUCAAGGUACCUGGUGGAUCGAUCAAGAUCCUCGACCCUACCACAUUCCCUAUUGCUGACUCAUUCUCUACUGCGUUAAUUACCGUCGAGCCCGGUGCGAUGCGUGAGAUGCACUGGCACACGACGUCUGACGAAUGGACAUACUUCAUCCAAGGCUCCGCCCGUCUGACAGUCUAUCAAGCGCCCGCUUCAUCGCGCACAUUUGACUUCACUGCAGGUGACGUUGGUUAUGUGCCUGUUCCCAACGCUCAUUACCUCGAGAAUACUGGUAACGAGACCUUGAUCUUUCUGGAAGUGCUGCAGGCCAAGGAAUAUUCAGACAUCAGUGUCAAUCAGUGGCUCGGUCUCACACCUAAGCAGAUUGUCAAAGAUCAUCUGAAGGUUAGCGAUGGUUUCUUGGCUACGCUGAAGAAGGAUAAACCGAUCAUUGUGCAGGGUAACCCCGAUUUGACCACUACAGAUUUCACGCCAUCUGCAGGUGGAUCGUACAAGUGA